AAAUGCGUCCUAUUCAAUUAAUAGCAAACCAAUUAUCUUUUCGUUUCAGAAAAAUGUGACAUUCAUCAAGUGCGGAUAAAUCCAUGUCCAGAUGCUAGGGAAGGAAAACCUUGUAGGAUGUUCCGUGGCACAAAUGGUAGCAUAGAAUUUGACUUCACUCCCAAAUUUUCCGGUAGUCAAAUCGGUGCUCGAGUCUACUGGGCCUCGUGGUUCGACGUGCCUUUUCUCGAUAUGAACUCUGACGGAUGCUUGUAUACGACCUGCCCGAUGGAGGCAGGCAAAAAUUACACCCUCAAGUACGGAAUCCUGAUAAAAACCUGGUAUCCGACG